CAAUUAUUUGUCAUUUUUUAUUUACUAUUUUUUAAUUCCGAAUAUGAGUGAAGGAUUACCUAAACUGCCAGGAUUUCAUUUCACUGAUGUAGCAAAAACAUCCUUUCCCAAAGCCCAAAAAUUACGUUUUUUAAAUGGGUAUAGAAUUCCUGUGGUUGAUUUUAAUUCAAGUGAUUAUACAUCAAAAGAUGCAGCACUUAGUUACGACCCAUCGCUGACAUAUGGUCGCGCUAAAUCAAUUGUUUAUCCUCAAUUUAUACCACGCCAUGUCCAAUAUGCAAAUAAAUGUUUAACAUUCCGUGCCUUUUUUAAACAAGGAAUUCAUGAAUCUCCGGUAGAGUUUUACCGAGUUCGUUAUGUAAAUAUAAUAUAUUUUCUUGAAGACGAUACGAUCUUAGUUAUGGAACCAAAACUAGAUAACGCUGGCUUUCCACAAGGACGAUAUUUAAAACGCAGUAAAAUACCCAAAAAUUCUAUUGGAGAAUAUUUGAAUUGGAAAGAUUUUAACGUAGGAAUUGAUAUUGCAUUAUAUGGGACAGUUUUUCAUUUAACGGAUGCAGAUUUAUUCACAAGAGAAUAUAUGAGAAGUCAAGGCAUUGAUAUUAAUCCCAAGGAAGAUGAACCGCCAGAUCCCUACCUUCAACAAAGAAUAAUGCGAAAUACUCCGGAAACGCAUGUCACCCCAAUGGUCGAUGAUAAAUUACGAAGAUUAGUAGAAUACGAUGGAAAAAUAUUGCGCUUUUAUUGUGUUUACGAUAGUAGAGACGAAUAUGAAAGUGGUGAAUUAUUUCCUCAUAUUCUUUACUAUUAUUUAGCAGACGAUACUAUUUGCAUUAAACAGAUACAUAAACGCAAUGAUGGCUUUGAUCCUUUUCCAAAAGUAAUGAGCCGCAUGAAAGUGCCUAAAAAUAUGAUGGAUGUACCUGUUUCGCAUCCAUCUUGCUAUAUGGAAAUUUCAGAUGCAGAAAUAACAGAAUAUUAUCAACCAAAAGAUUUGCGUAUUGGUGAAACUGUUUAUAUUCUUGGUAGACGUUAUUUACUUACAGAUUGUGAUGCAUUUACUAGAAAUUAUUAUAAAAAAAUGUUAGAUAUGGAUCAAAAACCAAAAAUAGAAUGGGAAACAUCAAUUUCACAACCUACGCCAAAGCAGGUACCUCCUCAUAUUAGCAAAAUAGGUAGUUUGGAAGACAGUUUAUCAAAUGUUUUAAAUUUAAUCCCGAAGAAUAUUAAAACGGAUGUUAAAAAACAAUUACAUAAUUUGGGUAAACAACUUAGAUAUUCUGCUAAAAUGAUUUCAGCACACCCAGAGGACGCAAUAAGAGAAUUUAUAAUAUUCUAUUUUUUGGCGGAUAGUGAAAUAAAAAUAAUGGAACCGCCAAUCAGAAAUUCUGGUAUAAGAGGUGGUAAAUUUCUAACAAAAAGCUUGGUAGAGAAACCUAAUUCCGAUCCAGAGAAUCCUGAAUACUACACACCAGCUGACUUUUAUAUUGGAGCUAUAAUCACUGUAAAUAAAUUUAUUUUUAAAAUAACUGGAGCUGAUGUAUAUGUUUUCAAGUAUAUGGUUGCUAAUAAAGAGAAAUUUUCACAAGAAGCCAUUGACAGUGUUCGUAAUUACCUAUAUCAUACAGGAUUAUUAGAAGAAGAAAUUCGGGAUCAAGUUGAACGACAACAAGAACAAGAAAAAUUUGAAGAAAUUCAAAAUAUUGGUAGUGUUGCUGAAUCAGCAACAAAAGCUUUAGAUGUUUGUCUUGAAAAAUCUCAAAAUAUAGAUCGCGAAAGUUAUUUAGAUCCAAGGACUGUUAAUGAAAGAAACGCUAAAGAAUUACCUUCUGUUACAAGGAAAGACCCUAUCGAUAAACCAGACCCACAAAUGCAUGGUAUUUUAAGACCGGUAAGAGAUUGCAGAUAUCCACAGUAUGUUGGAGAUAAUCCGUUAUCCAGUGAAUGUGAACAAUUAGUAGAUCCACCUAAAAUACCAUGUUGUCUAAAACCUGAAUGUCCGGAACUGAAAAAUAUCGAUAGUAUAGAACGAAGUAGAGAAGCAUAUUAUGAAAACUUGGCAGAUAAACAUAAACAAAUUUGUGAAAAUGCGGAAAUGUACUAUAAUAGAUUAUGUACUGAAGACGAUUCUUCAAGACCUGAAGAAAAGCAAAAGAAAUGUGUUACAUUUUCAGAUGAAAUUCAUCAAAGAUCACUUCCACCAGAAGAGAGAUGUGAAAAUACUUGCAGUAAAACUGAUUAA